AUGGCUCCUACACGUAUCGACGACACAGGCUCCAAGAAGCCCCGCGUCGUCUGCCUCGGCACUCCCAAGUAUGUCGGCGACGACUACCUCGCCGACUUCAAGACGGAAUUCGACUAUUCGGUUCUCGAAGCGUCAAACCGCGCCGAGACAAUAGCCAUGCUGCCCGAGACCAUCAAGAAGGACGGACCCAUCGACGCCUUCAUCAUCCGCAUGGGCACACCACCCUACGAGCCCUUUGACGAGGGCCUGCUCAGCGCGCUCGUGCCCAACUGCAGGAUCAUCACGUCCGCCAGCGCGGGCUUCAACGAGUUCGACGUCGAAUGGAUGGCGUCUGAGAACAUGUGGUUCUGCAACACGGUCGAUGCCGUUGCUGAAGCGACGGCCGAUAUGGCCAUGUUCUUGACGCUGGCGGUGUUGCGUAACACGAGUAAUGCGGAGAGGAGUGCGCGCGCGGGUACAUGGAGGACUGCUCCUGGGCUUGUGCCUGGAAGGGAUCCUUCAGGUUUGACGCUUGGUAUUGUCGGAAUGGGAGCUAUUGGAAAGUACCUCGCGAAGAAGGCCGCCGUAUUCAACCUCAAGAUCAAGUACUACAACCGCCAUCAACUACCUGCUGAGGAGGAGGCCAAGUAUAACGCGGAAUACUGCCCCUCCCUGCACGACCUCCUCGGAAAGUCCGAUAUCGUCUCCCUCAACUGCCCUCUGAACGACAAAACGACAGGACUCAUCGGACCCGCCGAGUUUGCGGCGAUGAAGGACGGCGUGUUCAUUGUGAACACUGCUCGUGGGCCGGUAAUCAACGAGCAAGCACUGAAGGACGCUCUCCAGUCGGGCAAGGUUGCGCGGGCAGGGUUGGAUGUAUUCUGCGAUGAGCCCAACCCCGAUCUCUCUCUGCUGCAACACGAAAAUGUUAUUGCGCAGCCUCAUCUUGGAGGUUUGACGGAUAUGGCUUUCCAAAAGGCUGAGAGGGAGUGUUUCGAGAAUAUCAGGGCACUGUUCAAGACGGGAAAGCCCAACUCACCGGUCAUCGACAUCCAGGCAAGGAAGACAGAGAAGCUGGCGAAAUGA